AUGCCAUUCACCGAAUCGCUUUCCCAUGCAGGAAAUUUCCAGCAAUCCAGUGCUCUUCGGGUGUCGAUUGGUGUCCUUGGAUACCAAUCUUCACUCAGAACAUCCUCUUCAGAGCCAUACGUCUCCAACUGCGCUUUUGGUGAAUCGUUUCGCACGGUUCGCCGCCAACUUCUGCCAGGCUGUUCUGCCAAUGUGGCUCUUUGUGAAGUUCACAAUGGUAGACAGUCGAACUGGCCGAUUAGCUUAAAGAAGCCGCCAGUUAAGAUCAAUGUACCGUCUAUUACGAUCAAAGGCGCGGCUAACAGUUUCCUUGCCGAUAUUUGGCAGCCCGAUAAGGAUAACCCAGCCAAGACAGCCUACGGUACUGUAUCAUUCAGGGCGUGGUUUACCCCGGAUUGUAUGAGCAUCAAGGCUGAAUGUGCAGCCGUCAUGCUGGGAUCAAUAGGAGUCGAGUGA